AUGAAGUAUUUAAUGGUGACUUUAUUCGCGUUGCUGGCCCUCGUGGCUUACUCUUCAGCUGGCGUGGAUUUAGUGAAGAACGCCCUUUGUGAUACGGAUGAGCAUUGCAAGCCUGGUUGUAAUUGUCAGCAAGCUUUGGAUUCAUUAAUCAAAGUCUGUGUGUGUGGCGGACAAGGAUGCAUUUUUUUUAUGGGACAAGCCCUCUGCAGCCUUCCAAAACCGCUGCAACUCCUGUGCACCAGGAUCUACAGUAGAUACAACCAUGAAAACACCGGAACACUGAAGUCCGGCGCGUCCCAGGGACAUGAAUGA